AAUUCGGAAAUGAGUAGCAAGUACUGUUCAUCUCCUCUUCGUUGAAUAAUUGUUAAUUACAUACGAUAAAUUAUGCUUCUUCAAAGUACACAGAUUCGACGGUUUUUAACAUUUUUACUUUCAAAAAUAAAAUGUUUCGUCAUCUUGAACAACUCCACACGGAAGUAAACGUCCGUGUUCUGGACUUCAUUUUGAAAAUAUGCGCCAAUCACAGCCCACGCGGGCCAUCACGUAACCCGUUCCAGAAGCCAUUGCGCCGGAAGUAUAUCCUGCGGCUUUAAAAGUUGAAAAGAGGAAAUAACGUAUCAAAGAGUGUAGUGAUUUCACUAUAGUGAUUGCACGCGCUUCGGAGUUGAGUUAAUACACCUCUAUCUUCUUGCACCAUGCUGGUACAUCUUCUCUUUAUCUGUUUUUUUCUAAUUGUUACUGCAACCACGGAAGAUAGUUCACCACUUACAUCAACUGAACCAGGACCUAAGAAAGACAAUUCGCCAGACUCGACGCCAAGAAUUUUCUGUUGUCUCCCGAAGUUCACAGGACCUUGCAGGGCUGCGUUUAUACGUUACUACUACGACAAAGUCACUAAAAAGUGCAAGAUGUUUACCUUCGGUGGAUGCAUGAACAAUGGAAACAACUUUAAAACCCUUGAAGAAUGUCAGAAAACUUGUCGUGAAACAAAAUGCCCACCGAUCGAAUAGUUUCCGUUACUAAAGGAUGUCCGAUGAAGAUGUA